GCAGACUUGUACUUUUGAUACCCUAUUGACCUAUCCUUCUUGCCUUUUGAACUGCAAAAUCAGUAAUAACAUCACUGCAAUCAAGACUGGCUAACACUUUUUUCUCAAUAGAUAAUAUAGCUAAGCCACUUAAUCUAUCUUCUGACAUGGUUGAUCGUAGAUAGUUUUUAAUAAGUUUCAACUUUGAAAAGCUUUUUUCUGCAGUAGCCACUGUCACCGGAAUAGUCAACAAAAUUUUGUAAGCAAUCCAAGUAUUUGGAAAAGAAAUAUGCAUAUCUUUUAUGUACUACAACACUUCAAUCACUUUUGUUGCACAUUCCGGUAAGGAUUUUCCAAGCAACUGUAGUUCCGAAAAUAGCUCAACUGCGUCAAUAUCACAAUCAUCCCCAUGUUUCAAAAACGUGCUAAGCGUGUCACAAUAACUCAUCAGUUGCUCAUCGCUAAGUCCCUUCAACUUACUUAUGUCAUACAAGAAUCCAAAUGUAUCCUCGUAUUUUUGAAACUGCUCGAAUCUAGUAGUAAGUGAAGAUAUAGCAGCAUUAACAACAAACAAAAAGUAAGUUAACUUGAAUACACUUUCUGCUGAUUUUAUUGGUUCAUCCAUUGCAUUCUCAUCGAAAAACUUCUUUUUGGUACGAGCGUUUCACGAAAUUGGGGUUGAAUAUUUAAUUCAAUCGCCAAUUUUUCAGCUUCAACUUUGGCUUUCUCAAAUCCAUCCUCUCUAUAAUCUUUAAAAUAUGCAACUAGGCCUUUCAAGAGAGUAAUAGCUGAACUGACAAUCAUAUCUUUUUAUUGAAGGACAUUGCUAACUUUAUUUACCUUGUUAAGUAUCUCGUACCAGAUUACAAUAGCAACAAGAAAAUCAAAGUUCAUUUCAUACUCACAUAUGGACCUUGCAUCACUCACAGUGCUAGGAUCGUUACUACAGUUGGUCAAGUGCUCUAAUGCUUGUUUUAUCUGUGGCCCUUGAAACCUGACAGCCCUCACACUAGCAACACGACUUUCCCAACGUGUAUCUGACCAUGAUUUAAGAGUGAGACCACUUCCUUCACCGUCUUUAAGGUAAAUCUUGAGAACCUCCCAUCGUUUGGUUGACCCUACAUUCAAAGAUAUUUAAUCAUAAAAACGAUAUUGUUAAAGUUAGUUAGUAAUUAAAAAAAGUAAUAAAAAGUAUUGAAAUGUAGUAAAUAAAUCACAAAGUUACCUGAAAAUAAUUUAUAGAUACGUUGCACCACACCAAAAAAUGUUUUUGCUUGUGUACAACUCAUAGCCAUAUCACAAAGGGCAAGGUUCAGAGAAUGACAACCACAAGGAGUAUACAAUGCUCUCGGAUAUUCUCUUAACACCCUAGCUUGUACUCCUUUGUCAUCUCCCUUCAUGUUUGAACCAUUAUAAACCUUGUCCUCUUACAUUAUUAAAGUCAAACUCAUGAAUGUGAAGCAACUUUUUAAGUUCAACAAAGAGAUAGCUUGUACUCCUUUGUCAUCUCCCUUCAUGUUUGAACCAUUAUAAACCUUGUCCUCUUACAUUAUUAAAGUCAAACUCAUGAAUGUGAAGCAACUUUUUAAGUUCAACAAAGAGAGCUUCACCAGUUGUCUCAAUCACUUUAACAAAUGUUAAGAAAAACUCCUCAAUUCUUAUAGGGCUUGCAGACACAUUUAUACACCUAAUCAAAAGUAUCAUUUGCUCAUCAUGACUAACAUCCGACGUGCAAUCAAGAAUAACAGAGAAGUACUUCGCACUCCGAAUAACUUGAAUGAUUUUUUUUUAACUUCAUUUGACAAAAGUUGUAUCAUUUCAUUUUGAAUACCAUGGCCAAGAUAAUGAUUUCGGAUCUCUUUCUUCCGUAUCCUCCUAAGAUGCUCUUCCAUUAUAGGAUCAAACUCCGCAAUCAUAUUAAUAAUCUUCAAAAAAAAUCCAUUAUUUUCAUCUGAAAGCUUCUCCCUAUGGCCGCGGAAAGCUAUGUUACAAGUAGCAAGAGUCUUCACAACAAUCAUAAUCCUCUUUAAAACAGCUCUCCAAUACUCCUUCUCUUUAUUGAUAGCUAUAUCUCGAGAAGCAUCAAUAGUUCCUUUUUUUAACCUCACUUCCGCUUCCCUCCAUGCUUCUAUGUUAAGGAUAUGAUCAAAGCUUUUUUCAUGCUCAACAAGUCUACAAUGUAUGUUGUGUCAAUCAUUAUAGCCUUGACCCGCAUUCGUUAGAGGGCUUGACAUCACACUUUUUUUGAAUAACACACAACAAAAGCAAAAGACUUUGUCUUUUGACAAAGAGUAAACCAACCAUGGUCUAUCAUAUCUCUCCCCAUUUCCCAAGCAUCGAGUGUAAAGUUUGUCACUGAAACUCCUUUUCCUAUCAACGGGAUAUUCAAGACCACUUAUUCUUAUAGGACCUCUCUCUACCAACAAAUCUCUUUGGUUUUGAGAUAUGGGUGUUUUCCAAUUUCCCGGGUCAAAGAAAUCAUAUAAUAUCUCAGGCGUAGUGACUUGACCUACAGUUUCUUCGUCACUAACAAUUACAUUGUCCCUAUGAGUAUUAACAUCCUCAUUCUCUUCUACAAUGUUUGCAUUAUUAUUCUCAUUCUCACAAACAACAUUUGUAUUGUCAUUCUCAACAAUACUUGAGGAAGAAGGAUUUGUCUUAACAUACCGAUCCAUAGAGCCGGCAAAGGAUUGUAGAACCAAAUCUCUCCUUGCCUUAUUCUUUCUCUUCGUAGACCCCGAGUCAAAUUUCCGCUUUCCCGUCAUGAUAAAUAUGCCUGAUGACAAUAUUUAUAGACAAUACAAAGUAACAAAAAUCACAAAUAAAUCAAUUAGUAUUAACUAAUCAGCAAGCAGAAAACAAUUGACAAUGAUUAAAACUUAAAAAAGAAUUGACCUUUACUGCUUUAUCACUAUGCCUUUAUUGCCUUUAUUGAUUCAAUCAUUCAAUCAAUACACUUUGUAUACAUCUUUAUUCAAUUAUUAAAAAACUAGUGCAGUAGUGCUGUAUGUAUAUAAGUAUAUUAAUUGAAUAUUCAGUCAAUUAUUCCUAGCCACAGACCCACAAUGUCGGUUAACCUUUCCUCCUUAGAAUUUAGCCCCUUUACUGGCUUACUGCCAUAUGAGGAAUACCAGCUUCUCACUUUGCCCAAUUUAGCAAUUACUCAUUUAGGAGUGAAAUUAAAGUACAUAGAUAUAGAGAAAUCACAUAUUUACACAGAAACACUCACAGAGGUCGGAUUGUUGGAGUCAGAAUAGGCUGUAGGCAGUCAACCGCAGAACAGAGAUGGAGUGACAGUAGGCUGUGGCGGACUGGCGGUGGCCGGUAGGCACUUAGCGAUUUAGCGGCGAGGUCUUCCACUCUUCGGCAAUCGGCAGGCGGUAGUUCAGCGGUUGCUACUUGCUCAAUUAAUCGGCAAUCGUUUCCACACUCGGAGAGUUAAACGCGCUUGGUUUGCAGUUCCCAUAAGCCAUGUCUCCCACAGAAAGACAUGUGGAGUGAAGAGGAAGAUGAGAUUCUUAUCAAAGCUCACCUAGAAGUUGGUAACAAGUGGGCGGAAAUAGCAAAACGCCUUCCCGGAAGAACAGAGAACUCCAUAAAGAACCACUGGAAUGCAACAAAGAGACGCCAAUUCUCCCGCCGGAAAUGCCGCACCAAAUGGCCUAGGCCCAGUUCCCUCUUGCAGAACUACAUUAAGACAGUCCUUGAUUUGGAGAAACAUGGGGGUCGCGGUGGAGGUCGAAAAAAGUCAUCAACUGUGGUGUUGGCGCAGCCACCAAAGGCGGAGCCGAUGGAAUACUACGGCGCCGGAGACCAGAACUUGGUCCCGGCGGAUUAUACCUUUGGAUGGGAGGAGAAGUUUUUGGGAGGAAACGGAAUGGAGUGUUUUAUUCCAGAUGGGGCUCUAGUAUUGGAUGAAAACUGCAUGGGUUAUGACCAUAUCCCUCACAUCAUGUUUGGAGAACCAAAAGAGCUCGAUUUGAUGGACAUGAUCUCUCAUCAUGUCAAUCUUUGAUUCAUUUCUUUUGUGGCGUAUAAGCAUGAGGCAUAUACAACUGAGCUCACAACGAAUUGAGAACAACUUAUAAAUAUAGAAUAUACCUCCAAUGUUUUCUUACUUAAAAUAUAUAGUGCAUAUUAUAACAUAUUAUAGACACACAGAAACUACGUUACUGAAAUUUCUC